AUGAGCUUGGCUCUGGAGCUCUGUUGCAGGAAGACCAGCGACCCAGAGUUAACGGGGAGCUCUGGUCAUUCUAUGCAGCAGCUGUCUCAUGCACAAAAGCGCCGCCGCCAACUAGAGAACGUGGCUGCCGAAGCCCGCACUCUGGUGCCGCCUGCCGCCCCGGAGCUCACUCCAGCCCAGAGUGCGCGGCGAACAGAGCUCCGGAUGGAGCUGGAACGCCGGCGCCCCGAACUCCGCCAGAUAAAAGAAAACAAGAAGGAGCUGCAGCAGUGCCUCAAGGAGAUUAAUGCCCUCCUCGAGGCCAGAGUGAGGGAAUUUCAGGCGGUAAGUGCGCGGCGAACAGAACUAUGGAUGGAGAUUGAGCAGCGCCGCCAGCAACUGCGGCAGCUAAGAGAAGGAAGUUACAGAAGUGCAAGGUCAAGAAGGCUCGUGCACCGUGCCCCCGCCGAGCCCGCCCUCCCUAAGGAGGUCCUUGAAAAAAUACGACGCGAAGUCCGCGAAAAAGUCUACGGAAUCUGUGGCAUCUGCCCACCCAUUUCCGUUGCCUUCGACACGCAUGACAAGAAGGUGGGCGCCAUUGCCCGGGACUUCUCCCGGAGCAUCGAAUCACGAGAGCUCAAUCUAGACAUCGAACUGGAUGAGCCCGAUCCUGCCGCCGCGGAGCAGACCCAGGAAGUGAAAGACCAGAGGGCGAGCCCGAAGGCAGAAAAACGGGCCCCGAAAGCGCAAAUUCUUGCUCUAGAAGAAAGGAAGAGACGGAAGACAAAGAAGAAUAAGAAGCCCGCCGCCGCCGCUCCUGCUCCUCGUCCUGCCCCCGCGCCCGCCGAGCCCGCCCUCCCUAAGGAGGAAUUUGAGAGGAUCUACCAUCUAGCUCGCGAACAAUUUUAUAAAGAGCUCCACCUUGAUAUUGAGCUCGAUGAGCUCGCCCCUGCCGCCGCGGAGCCGGCCCAGGAGCUCAUCCCGGGACAGAGAUUGUACCGGGAUGAGCUUCUGGGUCGGCUCCAAGCCGUUAAAGGGCAGAAGGCCACUUUCAAGGCCGAAAAAAAGGCCAUAAGAGAACAAAUUGGCGCCCUAGAGCAGAGGAUAGAGUGGAUCGACUCGGCCUUCAAGGGAUGA